AUGCAGCAAGCUCAAUAUACUCGUACUUUGUGGCGCGAGAGCGAGAUUGUAGUCGAAACCUCCGCUGGCGGAUCGUCGACUAUGAAGAAACGGACCCGCGAAGAGUCCUCCGAGUUCGUGUCGCGUGAGCCGCUUGCAGGGCUUCCGCUUUCGGAGCCGGCUUGGCAGAUGCCAGGAGCAAUGCCUUCGGCGGACUUCAGCUUCUCGCACCCGGGACCAGGACCGUCAGGCGAGAUGUCCGCUCUCGCCGGGAGGCCUCCUGCGCUGGCCAUCAAGAUGGCGGGACCAAGCGAUAAUUCUGGCAUGCUGGCCAUUGCUGAAGCCGAAAUGGCGGGACCCGACGACGAUGACAACAAUGCCGUCAGCCAGAUGCUGGUUGUCCCGCCAACCCAGUACCAGGUCAAUACUGCUGCCGCAAAGAUGAGGCGACUGAACAAUGCGCCCACCUAUUUUCGUCCCAGCCCGACUCGGUUAUUUGUCCGAAUGGAGGAAAAGAACGACAGGGCCGUCGUAGCAUCCAGGAUUGCCCACCGCCGCAAUGUGGAGCUGGCGAAUCAGCUUGAGGCCCUGCGGGUGGCACAGUCUGAUAGCCAACAGCAGCUGGUUCAACUCUCGGAGGAGUGCGACGCUAUGAAGCGUUUUCGUGUCAGUAGCGAUACCGCUACAAAUAGCCUGCAGCAGCAGCUCCAGGAGGAGGAGAGAUUGAGGGGGAUGCUUGUGAGCGACUUCUCGGCUCGCAUUACUGCCGCCGAGGGGGUUGCGGCCACGGCAAAUGGCCUGCAGCAGGAGCUCCAGGAGGAGAGGAGAUUGAGGGAGACGCUCGAGAUCAACUUUGCAGCUCGCGUCGCCUCCGCCGAGGCGUUUGUGACGGAUUUGAACAAAUCGCUUCAAGAUGAGAGGAGGACCAAUGGAGAGCUCAGGGCGAAGCUCAACUCCGGGACUGCGCGCGUGCAGCAGCUCGAGUGGCGGGAGAGAGAACGGGAGCAUUCCAUAUCACGGCUCGAACAAGAUCAGCGACGAUUAGAGGAAGAAAUAAAGACGCGAGAUGCCUCGAUCAAACUGCUUGAGGCUGAUUUGAAACGCGAGCAAGAUCAAGCGAGGGCCGAGCGGGAACAGUUCAAUGAAACGAUGACGGACCGAAGCCAACAGUUCGAGGAAAAGAUUGAGGUAAGAUGUCGAUGCCUAGAGCCAUCGAUGACGCUGAUGAGGAAGCAGGCUCAGAACCAGGAGUUCGAGGAGAGGUUUGAAAAUUUGACUAGCGAGAAGAACAGGCUCGAGGCCAGCCACGCUGAACUAUAUGCUGCAAUGACAGCUUUAGAGAAAAGAUUUACGCGCCAAUUCGAGCAAAUCCGUUUUGGGAGCAGCACGCCGCCGGCGCCAAAGCAGAUGACAUCAACCGACCAGCCGCCAUCAAAUGAAGCAACCGGGUCCAACGAUGUGUCGGCGUCCGAUGUGACCAAUGCAGACACACCAGCAACACCAAUGGCUCCGGUCUCCAACGAGGCGGAGGCGUCUAAUGUGACCAAUGUGGAUACACCAACAGCUCCAAUGGCUCCGGUCUCCGCCGGAGGGUCGCUCCCCGGUCCCGCUACAGGACUAUCCCCAACGCAGUCUGACGUCAAUGCCCGCCUUCUACUCAGUCCCCCGAGCAUGUUUAGAACAAUAGGCAAGGGGAGGAAAUCCGCGGGCGAGAAGAAGACCCUGAGGGAACUAAAGGAUGAGAAAGCCAAAUUUGCUGGGGCUUAUCGCAAUGUGCAAUUGGUAUGUCGCUAUAAGGUCGCCUCCAGCGCGAUAAUUGAAGCAUUUUACCAGGAGGAAGCGCGCCUGGUGCUCUACGGAGUGUUGGGGAUCAGAGACCAGAAGGAGAUCACCAUGAAGGCUAAGGAGGCUGACGAAGAGGAUGUCGCUGCUUUCAACGCAGGGUCGCUUGCUGUUGGACCAGAUCACCAAGACGUGCGCUUUUCUUUGAUCGCGCCUACCGACAAUCGCUGGAAUCGCUAUAUUGUGGCUAUGUUUGCCCAGAAAAUGUUCAAGCUGCAGGGCGAAGAGCAUGGGUUCGUAUUCAUGAACAGCAACCGGAAGAUUGAGCGGGUGCCGCCAGCAAGCUUCUUAUAUUGGGAGGAUCUCGUCUGGGAGAUCUGGACGAGACUCCGCAGUUCCUGGGUGGACUGCCUGCCAAAGAUGGUAACGGAUGUUGGGACCGGCCGCGUGUGCCCAGAGCGUGGAGAAGAGGUCGCUUUGCGUAUGAAUGACAAGGAGACUAAGUUGGAGCAACAGGCACGGAAACGGUCGCGAAAGCAUCGUCGAUAUAUCCGUCGUCUAGAUGUUUGCGAUGUGAAGGCGAAGAAGGCGACGUCUCCAUCCGAGGUUGACAAGUGGAACAAGAGGCGAAAAGUCCUGGCACUACUCACUGAAGACGGGAUGAGUUCCGACGAAACCGACACUGAAUCGACAUCUGUCCGUCACAGAACUCAUGCAUUGGCGUGGCAGCGGCAAGAGGUGGACUUGAUAAUGGAAGUAAUCGACACAGGGAGGAACGAUAUCCUGAGUUCUAGAGGAUCUCAACCAGCGGCACGAGCGCGCUCCGACCGAGUUCUAGCGUUGGGACCGUAUGGAGCUUCGUUGCAGUCGACCCGGUCACCAGUACCUGCGUUGCCCAAGGCGAUGUACGAUGCAGACUGGCUCGCGGGCACGACCAGUCAACUUCGGGGAGGGCUGGACGUAAAGGAGGCCGUUGCGGUGUUGACCGCGACGGCUACGCUUUCCUGCAACCCCAUCCCCAUCCCCAUCAUGUACCUGUCGCCUUCGGAGUACGAUCGCCUCCUCAAGGAGGACAAUCUUGCAAAUCGUUAUGCUUCCCCGCCCGCAUCAGCUAAAAUCCCUAGGCCAACAAGUGCUGCUUCCCGCAGAGUUAACAUACUCCAGCGCAUGGGCCCCGUCGACGAGGACAUCGAGAACUCUUGGCCGUCCAUCACUUAUCAGAUCCGUCUCCUGGCGUACCAUUUCCUGUGCGCACUCCCGCUCGACGCGCAGGACCAGGAUCGUGUGGAUCAAUUCCUGUACAAGGUCUUGGAAGUCUACCCUUUUUUCUCGUCCUUGGAGGAUUACUGGCCGAUCCGCGAUUAUAUUGAAGAACAUAUCCGUCGUACAUGCUCGCGCCGUCGCCUUCCCCAUGGCGAAUGGCCUGCGAAGCCGAGACCACCGAGAGUAAAGAAUGAUGAGAUUGCCCGGCGAAUGCUUCGUCCGCGCGCUGCGUUUCCCGAAUGA